CGUGUGCAAUAACUCAAUUCACCUUUGCACUCCUAUACAACACAAUUCGUUUUUUUCCUUUGGCAAAUGGUACAUUUGACAAAAAUUUGUCCACUCUGUUUUGGGAACUGAAAUCUGUAUUGAGAUCAGAUGUUUAAUCAAUGAGAUGAUUAGCAGGACGUCGGCCAAAAUUCAUCUCGUUCCAUCUUCUGUAGUGAGUGUAAACGCCAAGCGGAUUGCUUCACAUCUGGUGAAAUAUGUCUCAUUGUUCUAACUGUGCCUCAAGCGUUUGCAGCACUGAGGGUUAGUUAUACAAAUAUUUGGCUGGGUAUAAUAAGAUUUGCAGCGGCACACCCUCCACCAAAUAUUUUUGUUGUUGUUGCACAUUUCUAUGUCAUUUAACUUUCGUACAGUAUUUUCGUUUCGACGGAUCUGACUGUGGAAGAACGAAGGCGUUUAGUGUCGGUUACAAAAUUGAAAGAUUAUUCAGUGUAUCCCAAAGAUGGUCAGACCUUACUCCGGACCUCCUCGGUUCAAACCCAGGCCCUACUCUGAUGGCUACAACAUGCCACAUGAAGAGAAUUACAGCCCCAGGAGUCAGAGAGGAUUCCGGGGCCACUCAGGAAAGGUCCCUCCAAGCUGGAGAGAUUCCAGAGGCAGAGGACGUGCUCACUUUGCCAAAAGGCCCCCACUGAUGGGAGAACGGAGACCCCCACUGAUGGGAGAACGGAGGCCCCCACUGAUGGGAGAACAGAGGGAGCGACCUCAUCAGUGGAGGUCCCAAAACCAGGAUUCCUUCAACACAUACCCCUCCCAAACGGAGCCCCAUCAUGGCCACAGGAGGCCUUCCCCUUCUGGGCCAAACCGUCCCCCCCCAGCUCAGCAUAGGUCCUCCCCGCAUACUCCUGGACAAGGGCCCCAGGGCCAGAGGGGUGCACUUAUCCAUGGAAACCACUCAGGUUACAGAUCCCCCUCACCACGCCAUUAUCAUAACCAACCUCCUGACAGGAGGCCACAACCCUCACAGUCCCCCCACAGUUCCUUCAGGGGCCCUCACAAGCACCCAAGUCCGUCUCACGAAGAGGACAGGAGCUGGGGUGUCCGGCCGCCUUAUAGUCCCAGGGAGAGGCAGUUUGAGCGCCCAGGUCGCAGGGGGAUGCGCUGGAAUGGGCCAGGGCCCAUUCCCCGACCACACAAUGGUGAACGUGGGCCCUCUGGCUCCCCCCAGAGAAAGCCACGGGAUUUUCAUGGCAGAGAUCCUUAUCCAGAGAGGUGGUCUGCUGAGCGAGAUCCCAGGCAGCAGCAUGGAGUGGUGGGAAGGGAGCGGGAGGGCAGCGGACGCCGCAGCGCUGAGUGGGCACAGGAAGGCAGCCCUCACCACCCUCCCCACAGAUCCCCCACAUGGAAAGGAGGUUGGUCGUCGUCCUCUUUCCACGAGAACAGCCCUCAGGCAAGGCCAAGUGGACCACCACACAAGAGGAAGUUCCAGGAGCGUGGGAUCCCUCCUGCAGGCCCUGAUGUGGAGCAUGGUCACCCAAAGCGCCCUCGCAGAGAGAUUCCACAUUACUUAAACACCCCUAGGGGAUUUGGCGGCCGUCCCUUGUCAUUCAGGGACAAGAGUCGUUUGCUGAAGGGGCGUAAAAUGAGAGCGGAGUCGGUGAUGAGGCUCAAAGUACCUCCACCUCAGCCCCAAGGAGCAGAGAUCCAUGAAGAGGAAGGGCCUCAUACGUCCAGGGGAAAUGCGCCAUCCAAGUUUGCUCUUCGGAGGGAGCGUUUCCAAGCAAAUGCUGGCCCACUGAGGAAGAGGCCGAUGCCCCAUCAAUCACCCCCCAACCCAGAAGCCAAUUCAACCAAGUCUUCCAGGGACUCAGAGUCACAGAAGGAACAAGUGGACUCUCAGCGAGCUUUGAGCACACACAGCCCUUCCUCUAUAGACAAACGGCUGGCUCGUGACCUAGUCGUUGUGUCCCAGUGGCAGGCACCUGGGACUAACUCGAGCUCAAAGGACAGCCCCCCAAGGGAUAGAAGUAGGACACCAAAAAACAGAACUGAGCGCUAUUACAAUUCAGAUGAACAACUUACGUUGAAUGAACGCUUCUCUAAAAUUCAUGACUCCAGUCCUUCCCCUUCACCAAGAGACCGGAGAUAUGCGGAAAGGCCAACGAACGUGCCACAGGAGAACCACAGACCUGAAAGACUCUUCAGGAAACCAGGACCACCGAGAUCAAGCUUCCGUCCCACUAGCCCAAAUCGCAAACCAGGUCCUCCUCCUCAGAGAAGACCAGGCCCUGAACCGCCUGGUCCCUUUAGGAAGCCACUCAUGGGAGGCUUUGUGCCACGUCCUUUCUCUCAAAGGCCAGUGUUCAGGAAGAGCCAGAGCAUCCUGUCCAAAUACCGUAACAUGCCGACGAUGCGUCAACAUGUACCCCCCCCCAACAGUGGGUCUAAUUAUCGCCGCUGGUGAUCAAACUAGAGGGACCAAGGGCACAGUUCAGGGUUACACACCCUUUCCCCCUUGGCCUUGGGUUGCGUCUUUGUCCUGGACAUGGUCCCCCAAUGGAACUCUCCCUGUCGUCAGGAGUACAUCAGAAAAUGACAGUUGCACUGUUUUGACUAUUUUUUUACAUUUACAUUUACAUUUAAGUCAUUUAGCAGACGCUCUUAUCCAGAGCGACUUACAAGCGACUUGAUGUGUUUAAAUAUACAUAAUAGGCUAUCAGUUUCUAGUCUUCCAGACUGUUUAUUAUGGACAUUGUUUUUUUGAUUUCACAACUGUUACACCUCUCGUAUCAUGUAAAUGAAAUUAUGAAGAUUUUACCUUUUUAUUGUUCCUAGUACCACUUGUUUUCCCCCAGUACUUAGAGAAACACUUUUUGCUGUAAAGUAGAAGCAGUCUUCAAGACGAUUCCCCAAGGGCUGUUGAAUAUGAUGCUCAGUCUAAUUCUCAACCUGUAAAAACUACUGAUGCCAUCUUCAAGUCCUGCUCAUUUCAACCUAUGUACAUUGUUUUUUGUUUAAGAUAUUGCAAAUAAAUGGCUCAACAUGC